AAACGUCAAGUGCCACAAAGAAUGGCGAUUGUGUUGCUCCUGCCUUAGCAAACGAUACACAACGAAAUGCUGUAAGUAAUUACAGGAAAAUUCUUCAAUCAUAUACAUUUCAAUUAAAAUCAUCUUUGUUCAGUGCAAUUAAAUCGAAUUAAUCUGCAGACGAUUGGAUUGAUUGAAAUUUAGAAAGUUUGGUGUCAAUUUGGUGUUUUAUUGAAGAAAAAAAAAUGUUGUGUACUAUGGAAUUCUCAAAUGUUUUGAUUUUAUCUGUUUACUGUGUGUAAUAGGAAAAAUAUUUCCGAAUGGUUAUACAUCAAGUGAGAGUGUGAGUGUUAACCAGGCAUCGAAUGAAUAUCGUGAGAGCAUAAUCAUAAAUAAAACAACAACAACAACAAAAAACUACCAUAAAAAUGCAAUAUGGAAGAAAUUUCCGAUAAAAAAAGUCUGAAAUUGAUGUGUAUGAAUAAAUAAACAGGUUGAUUCAGGCAAAUGAACUCUUACGUAUAUUUGUUAUGUAGGUAAUAAUCAAUAGACGGUGUUGCUCUGUAGCUGGGCUUAAAGUGCAAUGUUAUGAGAAAUUUCAAUUAAUCGAGUUGGUGGAUUGAGCCCCAGACAGUUGUAAUUCUAAUGUCUGUACUCUGCAGUAGUCUUCUUCAGCGCAUGCAAGUUGGACAAGUGCAUUUCGUGUCGCACUUAUUUUUAGGGUGUUUUCUAUCCAUUUUUGACGAACCAUAUAUGUAUAAUGCACUUCAGAUAUCAGGCUGAGCACAUAAUUUAUGAUAUUUGCCACUAACGACCACAAAUGAAUCAAAAAGAUGUGACUGCUUUUGAAAAAAAAAACAUAGACACAUACAAUCAUAUCGUCGAACGAAAAUCGACGCCAUACCGGCGAAGAAAUUGUUAAUUUCUCAUGAUUGGCACUAAAAAUCUUCAUAGUACAAUUCGAUAAAACAACGUUGACGGGGCUGCAACGCAGCGUGAAGCAGCCAGUUAAGAUUAAAAAAAAUAAUUUCUUGAGGCAAUCUGAACGAAAAUUGUGAUGGAAUUGAAAGUCUGGGUCGAGGGAAUACAGCGAAUAGUUUGCGGCGUCACCGAAACGACGACCUGUCAAGAUGUUGUGUUUGCAUUGGCUCAUGCUACGGGCAAAAUUGGAAGGUUCACAUUAAUUGAACGAUGGAGAAACAAUGAGCGACUUUUGGCACCCAACGAAAACCCAUUGAAGAUAUUGAUGAAAUGGGGUGAAUAUUCGAGUGAUGUGCAAUUUAUAUUGCAACGUUCUGAUCAGACGAAAAAAGCAGUUCCCGAUCAGGCGGCUAAGAAUCCAGCCUCAUCUCCACCUCCGGUUAAUGAGUCACCCAAGAAGGCGAAGUCGACAUUCGACCAGCCAAUGAGUAUUGAAAAGCUUGCCACUCCUCCGAUGGAAGAGCAAAAUUCCACCAGAACUGCGCCGUCCGAAAACAUCAAAACGAACGAACAUCGCAGAAGUGAUUUAAUUGGGAUAGUUAAAGGAAUACCGCAUGCAACGAUGCAAAAUUUGACCAAAAUCUCGCCGCCCCUUUCGCCAUGUUCAUCCACAACUGGAACAUCAAUAACAACAACCAGCGAUUUUGCCGAUAUCGACUAUGCUACGCCGAAGCCAUUGCAAAAUAUUGCUAAGUCACCCAUAUUGCAAUUCAAUUCGGCUGAUGUGCGCAAUUCGUUAGAUCGAAAAACAAGUGCAUUCCGUGAAAUGGUCAAUUUAAAUGACGCUCGGACACAAAUUUCUCACCGAAACAAUAACAGUACCAAUAGUAGUAUGAGCGAAAACAGUAAUCUGGAUAGUACAACCGAGUCUUAUAAGAAUGGUCCACCGAUUUCAUCGAAUGGAGCUUUGCUUCCACCGCCAUACAGAAAUCCACCAUCGCCCAAAACCAAUUCACCUUUGCUGCAUCAGUACAGCAGUCUUUUAAUUCACCAUCAGAAAACCGACAGUCAAAGCAGUAAUACGACAAACAGCAGCAGCAAAUUGAUGGAUUUCACAAGCAAUAAGACACAUUUUAUGAAAGAGUUAUCACCAUCACCAACAGCCACAAUGAAUGCUCAGAGCUACGGUUCAAAUCGUCAAGCAUCACCAAAUAUACAUAUCAAUGCGUUGAGUAAUCUGCAAGCAAUUGUGAAUAGUGCUACGAGUGAUAAGGAUCUUCUGAAUGACAAUCAGUUCCAAAAUGCACAGUAUAGAGAAUUGCUUCAGUUGAUUCAUUUGCAACGAGAAAAAAUAAGCCAUCAACAAUCGGAUAUUUCCAAGUUUGAUGCAGAAAUUACCUUCUUAGAGAGCAGAGAGCGAGACCAAAUACAACAAUUAGAUGCCAUCACGCGUGAGAUCACCAAGACCGAUCAACUCUUCCGGCAAAGUACCGAACAGUUGCAAACGCUUCAGUAUGUCGAAGAGGAAAAUAAACUGGUUCGACAACAAGAGAAAACAUUGAAAUCGGAAAUCACAUUGCUUCGAUCAAAGUUGGCCAAUUGCGAAACGGAAUUAUUGCAAUGCAAGAACAAGAUUCGUUUGCUCAUGGAUGACAUCCAAAUUGAACAGACUUCAUUAAAGUACGAGGGUCAACGGCAACAGUUUGAAAUUAAUCUUUUACACGAGGUUGAACGCAUCCAAAAUGAGAUCGAUAUGGCAGUUCGAAGUGCUGAAUCCACCAGCAAAAUUAGUGAUAGUCUCAAGAACGAAGUGACGGUUAUCGAAACCGCCAUCGCUGAAAAGAAACGACAGCUCGAGAAACUAAUUAAUGAAAUGAAGGAGGUGAAUUUACAAAGUUUGACCGUUGCUUCAACUGAGGAAAUACGGAAUUUGCUUGAGGGAUCGCAUCGACCAGGCAGCACACGUCGCAUUAUGGGUUCUCCAAGGCAAUUAGAAACGGCAGUACCAACAAGCAAGAAUCCACAUGGCGUUUGGGUUUAAAAUUCGCUCACUUAUUUACACAGUACUUCAAUUUCAGACAUUUUUCAUAGGCCUAUCACCAGAUUUUUGAAGAUUCAAUCAUUUUAAAAAUCUUAUUGAAAACAUUACAAUAUACGAAUCAACAUAUCUUUCAAAAAUCAGACAUCUCACGAGACACAUAUCGCACGAAACACACACAUAAAUAACAACACAUCUUCAAUGAACACUUGACUUCAUCAUAUCUUAAAGAACCAAUUUAAUUGAAUUUAUUAAAAGCAUUUAUUUUUCCACUUGGAAUUUAAAUCUUUAGAAUUUGAACAUAAUCAAAGAGCAGCUCCAUAUUGAACAUAACAAAAAAAAAUCUUAUUUAUGACACACACAAAAUCCUAUCUAAAAUGAGAAGUAAAUGAAAGAAUACGUAAUUAGAAAAAUAUAUUUAAUAAAUAAUCAGUCAUUCCAGAUUCAAUGAGAUUCUUAGAAUUAAUAGACAACCUCAAGCAUUUAGCAUAUUUUGUCUCAAAAAAACAAAUUCUUAGGAACUUAUAGACAGCAAUCACCUCUAUUUCAGUAUUUUAUGAAACAGAUGAAUUUACUAAUUGCACACACUGAAUGACAAACAGCAAUAGCCAGCAAUCAACACACAUUGAAAUUAAUAUUCGCAUCAACUGAGGCAGGAACCACUUCAUAAUCUAAAGCUACGAAUUAACAUUCAUUUCGAGAAUGUCAGUAAAAAUUGCCUGGACUAUCGAAAACAAGUAUCAUGCAAUAUUUUGUUAGUUUUACAUACGAAAUCAAGUAUUUUCCCCGAAAUUAGUUUUAAAAUGGAGUUAUUUUUAAGUAAGCAAUUAUUGGGAUUUUUUUUUAUUAUGAGUUAAGAUUUUGCUCGAGUUUUGUAUCUCUUUGAAAGCACUCUUCCACAGCAAUUCGUAAUUCAAAUAAUUUUGAAUUUAUUAUUGUAGUCGGAAGUGGAACUAUUAAAAAUGUGUUCUUUUUAUUGACUUGCUGCACAUUUUUAGUUUGAUGUAUUGAGCACGGAGUGACAGAAUUUUUUUUCGUACUGAAAAAACUUUGAGAGUGGUUAAAAGGAGAAUAUCAAAUUCUAGUCGAGGAAAUGAACUGCAAAAACACAUACGGCCAUUUUUAGAUUAGUUUCAUAAUCCACGGGAAAAGAAACCAUCCUCGAUUUUAAAUUUUAAAUUCUCCCAUCGAAACUGUUUUUUGAACUAAAUACUUUUUUGGUUGCGUUCAAUUUUAAUUCUAAUAAUAUCCUAUUGCCCACAUUUUAUUUAGUUUUUUUUUUAUUAUCAUUCGAUAUUGCAUUUAGAACAUUCCAUUUAGGAUUGAAUUGAUUUGUAUAUUUUUGAGUAAAAUAGACUUUAUUUAGAAUGGUAUAAUUGAUAAGAAAAGAUUAUAAUUUACUUUAUCUAAAUAUGCUUAGAAAUAAAAAUCCAUUAUCAGAUUUUUCAAACAAUUUUCCGACUUUAAACAAUAAAAAUAAAAUAUAUCGACAAA